GUGCAGUGAGGUAACGGUUGCGUUGGCGUUUCUGUUUUCUUAGGAAAUGUCAGUCACACGCGAGUCACGAGUUGUCAGAAAACGAAAUAAGUAGCCACGUGACUUCAGUUCCGGUAUUUAAACACAGAUAGUACAGUUGCGUUUCGUUUCUGUCGUGAGUUGCUGUGGAUAUAUUGCGGCAAAUAUGUCUAUGUUAUGCUUUGUAGUACUCUGCUUAUCGUUCUCUCUGACAGUUGUUGCGGCCAUCAGCUCCUUCGACCUCCAGGAUUUGCCUGAGACUCACAUGAAUGUGAGUCAAAUAAUUCGUUACAAUGGUUACCCAGCCGAAGAAUACAACGUGGUUACAGACGACGGUUACGUCAUCACUAUACAAAGGAUACCCGCAGGAAGAAAGGAAAAUUUGAUGGAUCUAGGUGGUCCAAAACCUGUAGUUUUCCUUCAGCAUGGUCUUUUAUGUUCCUCAUCUAACUGGGUCACAAAUUUACCCAACGAAAGUCUGGCCUUUAUCUUAGCUGAUGCAGGCUUCGACGUUUGGCUUGGGAAUGUUCGAGGGAAUACUUACGGUCUCCAUCAUGUCAAGUAUCCCGUCCAUUCAGAUGAAUUCUGGGAUUUUAGUUGGGAUGAGAUGGCUCGAUAUGACCUUCCCGCCAUGUUGAAGUUUGUGGUGUCGAAGACCUCUCAGCCGUCAUUGUUUUACGUGGGACAUUCUCAAGGAACUCUCAUCGCCUUUGCAGAGUUUUCAAGGAAUAAAGAAUUGGCCAAACUGGUGAAGAAGUUCUUUGCCUUUGGACCUGUGACAACAGUUGGUCACUUGGAGAGUCCAAUUAAAUAUUUCCGUUAUCUCGCACCGGAACUUCAGUUCUUGUUCAAACUUCUGGGUGUGCGGGAUUUUCUUCCGUCUAAUUUCCUUAUUCACUGGUUGGCUGAGCACGUGUGCGACGAACACGAAGUGGAUUUAAUCUGCUCUAAUAUCCUUUUUCUCAUCGCUGGAUAUGACAAGGCUCAACUUAAUAUGACACGACUUCCAGUGUAUGUAUCUCACACUCCAGCGGGCACAUCAGUGAAAAACAUGAUACACUUCUUACAGAUGACAGGUUCCAACAAGUUUCAAAUGUUUAAUUAUGGAAGUGCGGAGAAGAACAGGGAACACUACGGACAGGACACCCCACCCUUAUAUAAUGCAACAGCCAUGACUGUUCCUGUGGCUCUGUACUGGGCACAGAACGACUGGUUAGCUGACCCAACAGAUGUGCGGGCGCUGCUACCUCUGCUGUCCAACAAACUGUAUGACAAGUAUAUCCCAAAAUGGGAUCACAUGGACUUUCUUUGGGGAUUGGAUGCGGCAGAAGUGGUUUAUUAUGAUGUCAUAAAGCACAUGAGAAACGUAUAAGUUUGCCAGUACAAAAAUACAAAAAUACAAAAUGGGAAGAGAAAAUAAUCAGGAUAAACACAACAGCGCACCUUAUCCAAGUUUAUUUAAAUUGGUCAAAAGCUUUGCUAUUUUCAUUCUUAAUGUGACGAGUUUCUGAAAAAAGUGCCUCAAGAACAAGAAGUUAAGUCGUAAAUAUCUCAUGAUUUUAUACAAUAAUCUCAAGGCUUAACUUCGUUGGUAGUAGUUUAAAAUAUGACAUGUACGAGAAUGCGCCCCGUUCUAAGGUAUAUGCAAUAUUUUAAAGAGAGAGAUUGUCUAUAUAGAAUUAAUAUUGAUUUGAUCAGUUUAAAAAGUGCAGGAAACUCUCCCUUGAGGGACGUAUUCGAGGCCGAGAAAACUGAAGAAUUAUAGGAACCAUAAUUUUUGUCUCGGGACCAAAGCUCGUGUCUCCCCGAAAAGAGGAAACUUAAGGGAGAAUUUUCAAUUAUUUUUUACGUGCAAAUAAAAAUUUAUAUCAUUUGUUUAUAAUAGAA